UCGUUCUUACAUACCACAUCCUAAAUCGGCUAUUUUUAUUGAAGAUUAUCCAAAUGUUGAAGACCUUGCAAAUCAUUUAAAAUACCUGGUUAAAAACAAGACUGCUUAUUUAGAAUAUCAUCAGUGGCGAUCCACAAAAGUAUGGUCUGAAGGAUUUGAGAGGAAGGUCUAUAUGAGCUUGCGUAAUUUGGGUUGUAAUAUUUGUAAAGAGGUUGCUAGAUUGAGGAUUAUCGAAGGAAAGAUUUAA